CGGAGGCGCAUGCUCCCUGGCGGUCCCGGCGCCCAACUCUGGCGCCGGCUCUGGCCUCCUCUGUCGGCACGCUCUGGGCCGGGCUGCAGGCAUGGCGGCCAGUCUGUGGAUGGGCGACCUGGAGCCCUACAUGGAUGAGAAUUUCAUCUCGAGAGCCUUUGCCACCAUGGGGGAGACCGUGAUGAGCGUCAAAAUUAUCCGAAACCGCCUCACUGGAAUCCCAGCUGGCUACUGUUUUGUAGAAUUUGCAGAUUUGGCCACAGCCGAGAAGUGUUUGCAUAAAAUUAAUGGGAAACCCCUGCCAGGAGCCACACCUGCAAAACGUUUUAAACUGAACUACGCCACUUAUGGGAAACAACCGGAUAACAGCCCUGAGUACUCCCUCUUUGUGGGGGACCUGACCCCAGAUGUGGAUGAUGGCAUGCUGUAUGAAUUCUUCGUCAAAGUCUACCCCUCCUGUCGGGGAGGCAAGGUGGUUUUGGACCAGACGGGCGUGUCGAAGGGCUAUGGUUUUGUGAAAUUCACAGAUGAACUGGAACAGAAGCGAGCUCUGACUGAGUGCCAGGGAGCAGUUGGCCUGGGAUCAAAACCUGUGCGGCUGAGUGUGGCAAUCCCCAAAGCGAGCCGUGUGAAGCCAGUGGAGUACAGUCAGAUGUACAGUUACAGCUACAACCAGUAUUACCAACAGUACCAGAACUACUACGCCCAGUGGGGCUAUGACCAGAACACAGGCAGCUACAGCUACAGCUACCCCCAGUACGGCUACACGCAGAGCACCAUGCAGACGUAUGAAGAAGUCGGGGAUGACGCCUUGGAAGACCCCAUGCCGCAGUUGGAUGUGCUGGAGGCCAACGAGGAGUUCAUGGAGCAGAGCGAGGAGCUGUACGACGCCUUGAUGGACUGUCACUGGCAGCCCCUGGACACGGUAUCCUCGGGGGUCCCCGCCAUGACCUAGUCGGGACAGAGGAGCCGCGGACACAGACGUGAUGGAGACAGACUCCUUUUUUAACAAAAGUGCUGGAAGAACUUUUACCUUUUUGGAAGCGUUUUGUAAAGAUUUUAGUAAUCAA